AUGUCAUCCAAUAGUUCUAUUGUUUCCAAUACUGUUCCUCAAUUCAUUGAUUCUCAACAAACUACUCCCCCUGAUCUCCAGGUUAAUUCCACUCGUAAUCCACAGAAUGCGGAAGAGGAAACCAAUAUCAGCAACAAUGUUAUUUUCCACAAGAAUAAGAUUUUUGUUGGAGGUCUUCCCCACCAAAUUGAGGAAAUAGAACUAAAAUCAUAUUUUAGCACAUAUGGUAAAGUGAUGCACACCAAAAUUAUGCGUGAUGUAUUAAGCGGAAGAGGCAGGGGUUUCGGAUUCAUUACCUUUCAUGAGGAAGAAGUUGUGGAAAAUGUAUUAAAAACCACAUUUCAUAACCUCAAGAACAAGCGUGUGGAGGUUAAAAGGGCCGUCGUGGAGCAAACACGUGUUGCACAACCCAAAACCUAUACCAACAGCAACUACUCCACAUUCAACAACGAUAGUAGCAGCAACAACAACUAUUACAACACAUUCAACAACAACAACAACAUCACUACAGACCCAAAUGUUGAGAAGAUGAUGACGAAGAAGACUCCAGCUCCCAUGGAAGUUUCAGUACUGCCAGAGCCUAUACAUUUAGAGAAGGAUCCCAUGGCUACUUUGCCACAAUAUAAAGCAGGAACUUUCAAUAAUAUAAACCCAAAUGUUGGUCAACCAAGCUCUACUCGGAAGCGAAAGGUUUAG